AUGGCGGGAGGAAUAGGGUUGGGAGACACGACGUACACGAAGGUGUUCGUGGGAGGAUUGGCUUGGGAGACGCAAAAGGAGACGAUGAAGAAGCACUUUGAGCAGUUUGGGGAGAUUCUUGAAGCCGUAGUCAUCACCGACAAGGCUUCCGGCAGAUCCAAGGGCUACGGAUUCGUGACAUUCAAGGAAGCAGAAGCGGCGAGGAGGGCUUGUGUGGACGCUACUCCGAGUUUAUACGGCGUGUACGGCUGCAAUUCAGGGUCAGGACAAUACGGAGUAUAUGGAAAUGGAAACGGUGGUGGACUAACCGCAGCAGCAGCCGCAUCCGCCGCUCCUUUUUAUCCUUGCGGUGGCGGUGGAGGGCAUCAUGGUGGGGUCCAAUUCACUCAACCACAAGUACCAUUUUAUCAUCACUUCUCUUCUUAUAACAACCCUCACCAUUACUCUCCUGCUACCAUUUCUCUUCAACAAGGCGUAACCGGCUUUCCGCUUCAGCCACCUCUCAUUCCUUACCGUUGA